AUGAAAACAUUCCCAACGAUCAAGGCGGUUCGGACGUAUGUUACGCAGGGAGUUGGCUCGGGCGGCGACUACCACAAUGUAAAACGCGGGCAUUGGUUGAUUGACAAUCCUAUCAGUGUCCCGAUGUCAAAGUAUGAGGAAUACCGGGCGUCACGCACUUCGUGGGGGAUAAAUGUCUUGGGCUCGUUUUGCGUGGAGAUCGAAGCGACUGACGGGACAACCGGCUUCGCGACCGGCUUUGGCGGCCCCCCAGCUUGCUGGAUUGUUCACCACCACCUCGAGCGAUUUCUCAUCGGAGCGGACCCACGUGCGCUCAACCGCCUCUCUGACCAGAUGUUCCGCUCGACUAUGUUCUACGGCCGCAAGGGCCUCCCCGUUGCCACUAUCUCCGUCGUGGAUCUCGCGUUAUGGGACUUGAUCGGCAAGAUUCGUGGAGAGCCAGUCUAUCAGAUGAUUGGCGGCAACAUCAAGGAGGAGCUCGAUUUCUACUGCACCGGCCCGAAUCCUGUUGCGACCAAGCAGGCAGGCUUCUGGGGAGCCAAGGUCCCCCUACCUUAUGGACCAGACGAAGGCGCGGAGGGUUUGCGAAAGAACGUUGCUUUCCUGACGAAGCACCGCGAGAGUGUCGGGCCGGACUUCCCGAUUAUGGUUGACUGCUGGAUGAGUUUGACGGUGCAAUACGCCAUCGAACUUGCGACCGCGUGUCUCCCGCUCAACAUCAACUGGUGGGAAGAAGUACUUCAUCCAGACGAUAUUUCUGGUUACGCCAUCAUCAAACAGGCUUUGCCCCACAUCAAAUUCACGACUGGCGAGCACGAAUAUACGAAAUACGGGUUCCGAGAGCUGAUUGCCCCACGAACAAUCAGCAUCCUCCAGCCCGACGUGAUGUGGGCUGGCGGUCUGACCGAACUGCUCAAAAUUUCUGCACAAGCCGCAGCAUACGACAUCCAAGUCGUCCCUCACGCCAGCGGUGCCUACAGCUACCAUUUCGUCGUAACGCAAGCGAAUUGCCCCUUCCAGGAAUAUCUCAACAACUCCCCCGACGGAACGUUCGGCCCAGACAACCGUGGAGCGCUCCCGCCAGUGUUUGGGACGCUCUUCGAGUCAGAGCCAACACCAGUUGGCGGAAAGCUGAAGAUUUCGCAGCUUGACUCGGAACAGGGCGGGUUUGGCCUCGUCGUGUCUCAACAAGCACGCCAAAGUAUUCUUGUCCCGGGUUUGCAAUUGGUUAUGCCAGAUGUCGCGAAGCCGCUGGCUGCUGCUGGAGAGCAGAAAGAGGAGUAG